AUGCCAGCAGAGGUUCAUACUCACCCCGUCAGCACGCCACAUGCGGCCGGUCGAGAACAAAAUUCGAAAGCAGAAGCACGCAGCAAUAGUCAAUGCACGGUCGGUGUCUCCGCUGUGUCCAUGCGGACGCAUGAGAGGGGUCACCUAGCAUGUGUCACACAACAGGCACCUGUGGGAAGUGAGGUAUCAAAGAACAUCGACGGAAAGCACCCUCAACAGAAGUCCAAGGAUACCUUGCUGAGGCCACUGCUCUCCGAUAUGAUACCUCACGAUCGGUAUGGCGAAGUCACCAAUACCACAAAGAUCAAGAAUCCCUGCCAACACCGUGCAAGGCAGAAGCGCCCACGCCAUGUGUAUGCCUUUUUCUACCCCGACCUUCCAUACAGCACCCUUCCCACCCUCAGAUCGCACCAAUUGCCCCCACACAUGCAAAAAGAGCACAGCCAGCCACAUUCUGCAAUCCUAAUCUAA